AUGCAUUUUCAUACUCAACUCGACUCUCAUCAUCAGCGUGCGCUUUCAUGUCUUUCACAUACUGAUGGCUCCUCCGCCGCUCACAUUCCAAGCCAUAGCCAUCUGACCGGCGAGGUUGACGCUCGGGAUUCCCGGGCUAACUCCCUGAUGGCGCCCUCGUUCCCGGAUGCCUGGAAGACUGCGAUAGAAGCUGAGAAGGAGCUUCUGCAAUGCUUUACGCAAGAACGGCGCACAUUCGAUGAAUUCGAACAUUUCCUCUCCGAGUCAGUGACAAGCCCCGCGCGCGCACGCCCAAUCAAGGCUGACUUCUUUUCAUAUAGGUUCCGAACUUCUUCUCAAAAUGCAAUCCUUCUAGACUUCAAUGCUGCCCGCGAGGUCGACGUGGAGAGUCGCCUUUGGGAUGCGCACUUGAAAGUGAACAAUCGGUUUCGCAAGCAGUUGCUUCGCUUUCGCGAAGAGCAUGGCAAGAAAAAACCAGUUGAGAGGCGGAAACUAGAACGCCAUUACCUCGAUUUCAUCAAGUCAAGCCAGCGGUUUUACCGAGGAUACAUCCAGCAUAUGUCAUCGCGCUUUGGGGGGAUUGUUGAGUUAGAGAGAGUUGCGCGCAAGUUCAAUUUUGAGAGUAAGGCAGGCAUACAGGCUGCGCACCCGGUUUCUAGACACGCUGACCCGCGGUUGUUUCUAGAUCUGUCCGGCCAACCUCCUAUCAAACCCUCCAAUGAUCUGCGCAAGCUCAUUCUCCAGUCAUGCCACGCAACACUUAUCCGGCUGGGAGAUCUUUCCCGCUACCGGGAAUCGGAACUCGUCAGCAAAGAUCGUAACUGGGGCCCUGCCAUCGGUUAUUAUGAUCUGGCGUCGGUGAUUAACCCUGCAUCGGGUGCAUCUCAGAACCAAUUGGCAAUUAUCGCUCUCGCGGAUGGAAAUCAUCUUCGUGCCACCUAUCACUUCUACAGAGCCCUUUCAGCUCAAGAACCUCAUCCUACUGCGAAGGGCAAUCUGGAGAUUGAACUCCGAAAAAUCAUGAGCGCCUGGGCUAAACGAGAGCUGAUUCGCCCCGAAGAUGCCGGUAUUCCUGGAAGGGCCUUGAGUCCAUGGUUUCUUUAUCUCCAUGCUAAGUGUUACAAGGGAACCGACUUCCCAGAGCACGAUGAGUUAGAGAGUGAAGUUAUUAGUCAAUUAGCAGUUGAAAUUAGAGAGCGAUCAUUAGAAGGGACACUUCAGAAGUUCUGUCUCAUCAAUAUUGCGGCCGAGGAUUUCGCCAAGGUCCGGUCUAUUGAUGAAUCUGUCCUAGAUGCCCGCGUCUUUUUCCAGCGCAUCAACGUGAAAACCUUCUUCACCUUACUGCAGAUACUGUUGGUCGAACUUGAACGGACUGCUUCUUUUGAAGAUUCAAAUAGCAAAGACGCACUGCCUAUCCCAGAUAAGGUGUCCGUGGUUGCUCGUCGGAUCCUACCCGCGCUUCGACAUUACAGUUCUUGGCUACUUACAAAUAACCAGUCUCUGGUUGAGCAGAAAGAGGAAAAGGAUUCAGCACUCUCGAUUCAGAUCAAAGAGUUCUGGAAAAUUUAUGCUGGUACUCUGAGCCUGCUCGCAUCCUCAUUCGAUGUGGUCAACAUUCCCGAGAUUGAUUACCUAUUGGAAGAAGACGAAGAAAGUCUUGGUUUUGCACCUCUGGAUCAGGAUGCCACUUCUCGCCGAUACGGUCGAGGUGGUGCUCAGUCAAAGCCCCGGAUGCACGAUCUCGGGAUUGAAAGAAUCCACCCUAACAUGGAAAUGCUCUAUCGAAUUCGUGAAUUCGUGAUUGAUGGGCUCGACUUGGUGGUGAGAGGAAAAAUCCCGGUGGCUCUUGUGGAUAGUGAAGAUAAGAAGACAUUUAUCUAUCAGGAAGAGGAUCUACCUUCACAAUUCUAUUCCAGCCCUCACGGCCGCCAGCAUGCACUUUCGGCUGCAAGUAUUGAGCGCGAGGAUAUUUCACAGGCCGCUCAAAACCCGUACACUGCUGCAGAAGCCCAAAGUCUGUUCGGCGGUUCCCAGUCUGCAUCGGCAUCCAUGUCCGCCAACAUGCAUGAGAUCGUCGAGGGCGUUGAGCGACUUGUUGACUCGGACACGUAUGAAACCCCACCCAAUGACCAAUUUGCUUUCAUGAGCACGGGGGAGAUAUCAACACCUACGCAUGUCUCAUCAAAUGUCAAUGCUUAUCCGUUCCGUGACGAAAACUCUCCACCACUCAGCGCCCCAAUUGCGCCUCCACCUGGGCUUGGUCCACCAGUCAUGGGUGUAGCCGCCCCUCUCAGGGUGCCAUCGGCUCAGUCAUAUACCCCACGGCCUGCCAUCCCCAGUCUCCCCAGCAUUUGGACGCCGCUGAGAGACGCCGCCCCUCCACGAACGCCUCCUGGUCUUGGCCCCCAACCUGGCCAGCGAGCUCCACUGCACCCCAUGGUUGCUGGGAAUGCCAUGUCCUCUGAGCGCUCGCCGUCGCACGAUCAGCUAGCAAAUGAGCUUAUGUACCGACAGCACUUGAUGGCCCAGACUCAGUUUUCAAACUCAAUGGAUGUAGGAUCAAUGCCCACGCCGUGGGUGUCAUCCAACAUGUCUCAUUCUCGUCCCACCGCCAGCGGUUGGGAUCAUGGCCGAGCGACCUUCGGUGCAUUCGAACUCCCCAGCCAGACAACACCCAGCAGUCUGGGACAUCCCUCAUGGGCCAAUGAUGCUUUCAUCGCUAGCAGCCUCACUGGGGCAACUCCCUACAACUCUGGGAUUGGAGGACGCAAGCCUGUAACACAGCUUGGAGCAAUCGGUCAAACCCCACCCUGUGGCCAAGGAGGCUGA